AUGUCUUGGGAUCCUUCAAGCGCCGACUUCUCUACUGACUUCUCCUCUGGAAACGUCCAUGAUGACUUUGGUGGUCAAGAGCGUUCUGAACGUUCUGAACGUCCUCCUCGUCCCGAACCUACUGAAGAACAACUUCAGCGCAGAAACUAUAACUGGGCUUCUAACCGUGCUCGUUAUGAAUACAAUGAAAACGCUGUUGACGACCAAGGUAUGGCCCCACGCGACCCUCAACUUGAAAAUGAACUCUUUGAGAUCAAUUCUGCUGAACAACAAACAACCAUUGACUUUUCCAAGUAUGAAAAGAUUCCUGUUCGCGUCGAACGUGGUACUGCUCCUAACCCUAUCCAAAGCUUUGCUGAAGCCGACCUUCAUCCUGUGAUGAAGGAAAAUGUCAGCCUUGCUCGUUAUACUCGUCCUACUCCUGUUCAGAUGUAUUCCGUUCCUAUUGUCACUGCUGGUCAUGAUUUGAUGGCUUGUGCUCAAACUGGUUCUGGUAAGACUGCUGCCUUCUUGAUCCCUACUUUGUCUGCUCUUUUCUCUAAGGCCAAAGAACUUCAAAAGCCUCGUCCUGCUCCAUAUGAAACCAGAUCUUACAGAGCUGAGCCCCUUGUUCUUAUUCUUGCUCCUACUCGUGAACUUUGUUCUCAAAUUUUCGAUGAAUGUAGAAGAUUUACCUACAGAAGCUGUCUUAGACCUUGUGCUGUCUAUGGUGGUGCUGAUUCUAUUGGUCAAAUUCGUCAACUUGAAAGAGGUUGUGAUGUCUUGGCUGCUGCUCCUGGUCGUCUUAUGGACUUUAUUCAACGUGGUAAGAUUGGUCUUAACAGAGUUAAAUACCUUGUUUUGGAUGAAGCCGAUCGUAUGUUGGACAUGGGUUUUGAAGCUGUUAUCCGUCAACUUAUCUUGAAGAGCGGUAUGCCCUCUGAAAGACAAACCCUCUUGUUCUCUGCUACUUUCCCCAGAGCCAUCCGUGCUCUUGCCCGUGAUUUCUUACGUCCUGACUAUCUUUUCUUGAAGGUUGGUCGUGUUGGUGGUACUUCCAGAGAUAUAAAGCAAAAUGUUAUGCUCGUUGAAGAAGAUGAAAAGCGUGAAGCUUUGCGUGUCUUGUUGAACUCUCAACCUCCUAGCCGUACUCUUAUUUUCGUUGAAACCAAGAGAAGUGCUGACAGUUUGGAUCACUUCCUUUACGAACGUGGUUUCCCCUCUACCUCCAUUCACGGUGACCGUACUCAAAUGGAAAGAGAAGAUGCUCUUCUUGCUUUCAAGAGAGGUAAAUGUCCUAUCUUGGUUGCCACUGCUGUCGCUGCUCGUGGUAUCGAUAUUCGUAACGUGAUGCACGUCAUCAACUAUGAUAUGCCUCAAGAUAUGGAUGAAUACAUUCACAGAAUUGGUCGUACUGCCCGUGUCGGUAAGACUGGUUUAGCCACCUCUUUUUACAAUGACAGAAGUAGUCUCAUUGCUCCUGAAUUGACCAAAUUAUUGAAGGAAUGUGCUCAAGAAAUCCCUGACUUCUUGAAGGAAUACGAGCCUCAAGAAAUUACCUGGGAUGCUGAUCUUGAAGAUACCAACGUUGAAAUUCCUAGCUAUGCUGGUCGAGAAUACGUCCCUAUGGAAAGAAACGCUCCUGGCGCUCCUCAAGGCUAUAACAAUGCUGAAGCUACUGGUGCUGCUGAUGGUGCUUGGGAUUCAGGUAACGCUGAUGGCGGUAACAGCAAUGCCCGUCCUGGUGACUGGGACUGUCCUGACUGUGGUAUUUCCAACUUUGCCUCUCGCCAAGCUUGUUUCAAGUGCAGUGCUGCUCGUCCUGAAGGCGCUGGUGGCGGAUUCGGUGGUGGACGUGGUCCUCGCCCUAAGCGUGAAGGUGAUUGGGACUGUCCUUCUUGUGGCAUUUCCAACUUUGCUUCUCGUACUAAAUGCUUCAAGUGCUAUGCUCCUAAGGAAGGUGGUUCUGGCGGUGGCUUCGGUGAUGAUAGCUAUGGUGGUGGUUACGACAAUGCUCCUGUUGACACCUCUAACUUUGGUUCUACCGGUGGCGAUUGGAACUCUGAUUCUGCUGGCUGGGGCGCUUCUAAUUCUGCCGCUGCUCCUGCUGAACAAUCCUCUGCUGGAUGGGGCGCUUCUGAACCCGCUGCUCCUGCUGAACAAUCCUCUGCUGGAUGGGGCGCUUCUGAACCCGCUGCUCCUGCUCAAUCUUCUGGCGGAUGGGGCGCUUCUGAACCCGCUGCUCCUGCUCAAUCUUCUGGCGGAUGGGGUGAACCCAAGCCUGCUUCUCCCGCUCCUCCUCCUCAACAACAACAACAACAACAACAACAACAACAACAACAACAACAACAACAACAACCUGCUCAAAACAACAACAGUGGUGGAUGGGGAGCUUCCUCUUCUCCCGCUCCUGCUGUCACUCCUGGUGGAUGGGGCGAUGCACCUGCUGUCGCUCCCGGUGGAUGGGGUGAUGCUCCCAACAACACCUCUGGUGCUGGCUGGUAA